UUCCCCUCCUCAUCAUCCCGAUUUCACAAUCAGUAAUAACCCAAAUAUGAAGACUCCCUAUCAAAGCUCUUCACUGCGUUCUCUCUCUUUUCUUUUUCUCUUCUUCUCAUCAAUUGCAUGUGCUGUUUCUGCCUCUGUGCGCGACAACUUUCUGCAAUGCCUUUCCCUGCGUUCCAGCGAUUCCGACUCCAUCUCCAAAGUCAUUUACACCCCGGCCAAUUCCUCCUUCCUACCUAUAGUACUGCAGUCCAUUCAUAAUCUGCAUUUCUCAACACCCACUACGCCAAAACCUUUAGCCAUCGUUACACCCCUGCAUGAAUCUCACAUUCAAGCUACCAUCAUCUGCUCCAAAGAGCACGGCUUGCAGAUUAGGAUUCGGAGCGGUGGCCACGACUUUGAAGGUCUUUCCUAUGUUGCACACGUUCCGUUUGUGAUCAUCGAUCUCAUCAACCUUCAAUCUGUAAGUGUAGAUGUCGAGAACGAAACUGCAUGGGUUCAAGCAGGUGCAACAUUAGGCAAAGUUUAUUAUACAGUUGCCCAAAAUAGUCGAACUCUAGGCUUUCCUGCUGGUUAUUGCCCUACAGUAGGUGCUGGUGGCCACAUCAGUGGAGGAGGCUAUGGCAUGAUGAUUCGCAAAUACGGCUUGGCAGCUGAUCAUGUGAUUGAUGCUCGCAUUGUAGUUGCCAGUGGCGAAGUUUUGGAUAGAAAAUCUAUGGGGGAGGACUUGUUUUGGGCCAUUAGAGGAGGAGGAGGUGCUAGCUUCGGAGUCAUCGUGGCCUGGAAGAUAGAGUUGGUUCAAGUCCCACCAACAGUGACCGUUUUCAAUGUCACUAGAGACACGAGCCAAAAUGCAACAAACUUGGUCCAUCGAUGGCAAUAUGUUGCAGAUAAAAUUGAUAGAGAUCUGUUCAUCAUGCCUGUAAUAACGAAUGCCAAUAGUGCUAGCCAGCAAGGCACACGAACCAUACAAGUUUCAUUCCUUUCCAUGUUUCUUGGGAAGGCUGAUGAAUUGGUCUCGCUGAUGCAUAACGAUUUCCCAGAGCUAGGUUUGACAAAGAAAGAUUGUAUUGAAAUGAGUUGGAUAGAAUCCAUCGUCUAUUUUGCAGAAUUUCCCAAGGGUAGUCCUCUUGAGGAUAUGCUAAAUAGGACAAAUGAUUCGUGGUUGGAGUCCUUUAAGGGGAAAUCAGACUAUGUCACAAAGCCGAUUUCCAAGAUUUCGUGGGAAAAGAUAUGGGGAAAGAUUCAUGGGAAGGACGACAAGACAAUACAAAUAGCCUUGGUUCCUUAUGGUGGAAGAAUGAGUGAGAUUUCAGAAUCUGCACUUCCUUUCCCGCAUAGAGCUGGCUACAUAUACAAAAUCUUUUACAGACUGCCUUGGGAUCAAGAUGAGGAUAAUACAAGAGCCGCACAGUAUGUUGAAUGGCUCAAGAGGCUUUACAAGUACAUGGCUCCACAUGUUUCGAAAUCUCCAAGAGGUGCAUAUCUCAACUAUAGAGACCUUGACUUAGGCAUGAACAACAAAUAUGGCAACACAAGCUAUAAAAGGGCGAGCAUUUGGGGUAGAAAAUAUUUCGACAAAAAUUUUAACAGAUUGGUGCAUGUGAAGACCAUGGUGGAUCCUGCAAAUUUCUUCCGAAAUGAGCAGAGCAUUCCAUCCGUUUCAACUUAAAUGAAGAACCCAAUGUGCAUGCCAGCAAACCAGCUAGCUAGAUGUUAUUUACCCAAGAUUAAAUAAAAAGCUCCAUGAGCUUUAAUUGUUAUGAAAUUUCAAUUUCCUAUUGUGGGCUCACAUAUUUAAAAGCAAUAAUGUUAUCUGACUAUUUUAACA